GGACUGACAGCUUUCUCGUUCGUGGAGCCUUCUGGAGAGCAACAUAAUGUUCACUCCAUGAGACUACAGCGCACGUAGUGGACAAUCUCAGUACUGCAGGGGAUCAUUAGCUCCCCGAAAGUGAAAGCAUUCUGAAUCAGGAAGUGUCGGGAGUUAACAUGGCUUCGAAAGGACCGGCCGAGAGUUUGAGCGAGGAGCUAAUUUGUCCUGUCUGCCUGGAUUUCUUCACCGAUCCGGUUACACUGGAGUGUGGACACAACUUCUGUCGCUCUUGUAUCACACGGUAUUGGGAAAGGGAGCGGAGAAACUCCUGCCCGGAAUGUAGAGAGGUGAUUGCUGACCGCACCCUCAGGGUGAAUCGGGCCUUAGCAAAUCUGGCUGAAAAAGCUCGAAAUCUAAACCUGUAUCCGAAAGGGAAGGAAAGUAAACGUCACUGCGAGGAACAUGAGGAAGAACUGAAGCUGUUUUGUGUAACGGACAAGACACUGAUCUGUGUGAUCUGUGCAGUGGCGGAGGAACACAGAGAGCACCGCUUCAGGCCGAUUAAAGAAGCUGUUAAAAUCUACACGGAUCAGCUAAAAUCUUCCUUAGACUCUCUCACAAAAAAGAUAUUAGACUUCCAGGAAAAGGAGCAGCAACAGAAAGAGAAGAUUUCCGGAGUUCAGGAACAGUCACACAGCCUUCAGUCCCACAUCACAUCCCAGUUUGCUGAACUGCGCCAGAUUAUCACUGAGAAAGAGCAGAGCUUACUCAGGGAACUCAGGGAAGAAGAGAAGAGGAUUCUCAAUCCAAUGGAGAAAAAUCUUCGGGAGAUUCAAGAGAAUAUAAGGAUUAUUCAGGAGGAAAUCUCAAAGUUAAAGGAACAGAUGGAUCAAAAAGACAGUGUGAUGUUUCUCAAGGAGGAAGCUCGUCGGAACAGGAGGAUUAAUGAUGAUAUCCAGGAAUUAUCAGUGACAGAUGAGACCCUAUCGGUUGAAAAAUUCGAUCACCUCUAUUUGUUGAACACAGUGCUGAGAGAAACGCUUGAUGCUAUUAAUCGAGUAUCUGUCACCCUGGAUGUGGAAACGGCGGGUCCGUAUCUCGAGGUGUCUGAGGAUCGGAAGAGUGUGAGAUGGACCCGGACCGUGACCUGGAGGAAUCUCCCUGACACCGGGAAGAGAUUCACACACUGGGCUUGUGUGCUGGGAUCAAAGGGAUUCACAUCGGGGAGACAUUACUGGGAGGUGGAGGUGACGGGGAAUCGGGACUGGUUUCUGGGAGUCGCUGUAGAGUCUGUGGAGAGGAAGAGAGGGGUUAGUCUGAGUACGGAGACCGGAUUCUGGGUCAUCAGGCGGUAUUAUGACGUGUUACAUCGGGAUUGUGACGUGUUCGGUGGUCCCCCCUCCCCUGAGUCCCGUCUCACUGCCGGUCCCAUCCCCGGGAGGGUGCGAGUUUAUCUCAGUUACGAGUCCGGGACAGUUUCAUUUUACAACGCGGAGACCAAGUCCCAUCUCCACACCUUCACUGGGAAUAAAUUCACGGGGAAACUUUAUCCUUUCUUCGCGGCCUGGGAUGAAAACCAGUGGCUGAGAAUCUGCUCCGGUUCAGCUCCGGGUCUGUAAAUGGGUCGGGUCCCGGGACCGGUGUCAGGAGUAAAGUCCCUGUAAAUAUAAAUGUGCGGAGAGUGCAGCUAAAUACAUGGCUAAGGAGAUGGUGAGGAGGGAGGGCUUCAUGUUUCUGGACAAUUGGGCUUUGUUCCCUGGAAGAUGGGACCUGUUUCUACGGGACGGUUUGCCCCUGAACUGGAGGGGGACUAACAUCAUUGCGGGUGGAUUUGCCAGUGCUGCUCCGGGGGUGGGGGGUGGGGGGUGGCUGUGGUUAAACUCGAUUUGCAGAGGAAGGGGAACAUGAGGUUGUAAAUUAAUUUUCAGGAGUUUAGAAAUUGUAGAAAAUAAAGAUUUCCAAAAAGAUUUUAAUGAAGAACAUGAAAAGAACAUAUGUGAAAAAGUGGCUACUUCAGUUUUACACCUAUCGCAAUAAUUGUCUAUGUUAGGAAAUAUUUUGGAUAGUCUCUCCUUUAUUAAAUAGUAACAGUGAACAAUUUUAAAUUGAAUUAAACAGUGAUUGGCACAUAUCGAAGAAGAAUUGACCAUCUUCAUUAACAAAGGUCAUAUUAAGUUCUCUCUCCCAAUCUUGUUUAAUUUUUAGUGAUUAAGGGGAUCUGUUUUCUUUUUGCAGAUUUAUUUUGUGAUGGUCGAUUGAUGACUUCUGAAGGGUUAAUUAGCAAAUAGUCUCUCUCUCGUACACACUUUCUGCAACCUCUUCAGGUUAGACAUUUUUUACAAAAAUAUUUAUCUAAGUUUCCAUAUAUGCAAGAAUCUGAUUUGUUGGAUCCUAUUUUGAAUAAUAAUCCUAUAGUAAGUGGUUCCAUUGGUAGAAUUUAUAAUUUAUUUUUAAUACAUUAAUACAACAAAAUAACCUCCCACCUUUGGUUAAUUUCAGACGUGAUAGAGGGGGAGGGAUGAAAGGGGGACGAGUGGCAUUACUAGUCAGGGAAAAUAUCACAGCUGUGCGUAGACAGGACAGCCCUGAGGGCUUGUCUGCAGAGGUCAUAUGGGUGGAGCUGAGGAACAGGAAAGGUGUGACCACACUAAAAGGUUUCUAUUAUAGACCGCCCAAUAGUCAGAGAGAAUUGUAGGAGCAAAUCUGUAUAAAGAUAGUGAACUGGUGUAAGAAACAGGAAGUUGUAAUAGUAGGGGAUUUUAACUUUCCACGUAUUGACUGGGACUCCCAAACUGUAAAAGGGCUAGAUGACUUGGAGUUUGUCAAAUGUUUUUAGGAAAGUUUUCUAAAUCAAUAUAUGGAGGUAACUAUGAGAAAAGAGGCAAUACUUGCUCUCCUGUUAGGGAACCAGACAGUCAGGUGACAGAAGUAUGUGUAGGCAAUCAUUUUGGGUCCAGUGACCAUAAUGUCAUCAGUUUCAAGUUAAUUAUGGAUAAGGAUAGGCCUGGUCCUCGAGUUGAGGUUCUAAAUAGCAGAAGGGCCAAUUUUGUGGAAAUGAAAAAAGAUCUAGGAAGAGUGGAUUGUGAUAAGAUUUUUUUUUCCUGACAAGGAUGUGUUCAGUAAGUGGAAGGCCUUCAGAAGCUAAAUCUUGAGAGUGCAGAGUUUGCAUGUUCCUGCCAGGAUUAAAGGCAAAGUUAACAGGCAUUGGGAGCCUUGGGUUUCAAGGGAUAUUGGCGAUCUGGUUAAGAAAAAGGGAGAAGGCCAUUCGGCCCUUCGAGCCUGCACCACCAUUCAGUAUGAUCAUGGCUGAUCAUCCAACUCAGAACCCUGAACGUGCUUUCUCCAUACCCCCGAUCACUUUAGCCACAAGGGCCUUAUCUAACUUCCUCUUAAGUAUAGCCAAUGAACCAGCCUCAACUGUUUCCUGUGGCAGAUAAUUCCACAGAUUCACCACUCUAUGUGUGAAGAAGUUUUUCCUCAUCUUGGUCCUAAAAGGCUUCCCCUUUAUCCUUAAACUGUGACCCCUCGUUCUGGACUUCCCCAAAUUCAGAAACAAUCUUCCUGCAUCUAACCUGUCCAAUCCUUUUAGAAUUUUAUACGUUUCAAUAAGAUCCCCCCUCAAUUUCUAAAUUCCAGUGAGUAUAAGCCCAGUUGAUCCAGUCUUUCUGAAUAUGAAAGUCCAGCCAUCCCAGAAAUCAAUCUGGUGAACCUUCUCUGUACUCCCUGUAUGGCAAGAAUGUCUUUCCUCAGAUUAGGGGACCAAAACUGCACACAAUAUUCUAGGUGCGGUCUCACCAAGGCUUUGUACAACUGCAGUAGAACCUCCCUGCUCCUGUACUCAAAUCCUUUUGCUAUGAAUGCCAACAUACCAUUUGCCUUUUUCACCGCCUGCUGUACCUGCAUGCCCACCUUCAAUGACUGGUGUACACUGACACCCAGGUCUCGUUGCACCUCCCCUUUUCCUAAUCGGUCACCGUUCAGAUAAUCUGUUUUCCUGUAUAGGCAGCCAAGAACAAAUGAGUUACUUGAAGAGUAGAGAAAAUGUAAGAAAAUACUAAAGAAGGAAAAAAGACAUGAGGUGGCUUUGGCAGAUAAUGAGAAGGUAAACCUGAAGGGUUUCUACAAGUAUAUUAAGAGUAAAAGGACAGUAAGGGGCAAAAUUGGUCCCGUAGAAGAUCAGAGUGGUCGUCUAUAUGUGGAGCCUCACUAGAUGGCGGAGAUCUUAAACAGUUUUUUUUUGUAUCAGUAUUUACUCAGGAAACUGGCACAGUGUAUGUGGAAGGAAGGGAAACAAGCAGUAGUGUCAUGGAACAUUUAGAGAUUAAAGAGGAGGAGGUGCUUGCUGCCUUACAGUGAAUAAAUGUAAUUAAAUCCCCCAGGCCUGACUUGAUAUUUCCUCGGACAUUGAGAGAGGCUAGUGUAGAAUUUGCAGUGGCCCUAGUAGAGAUAUUUAAAAUGUCCUCAGCUACGGGUGCGGUGCCGGAGCAUUGGAGAGUAGCUCUUGUUAUUCCGUUGUUUAAAAAAAGACUCAAAAUUGGCUGUGUGGGAGAAGACAGAGAGUGGUAGUGGAUGAUUGCUUCUCAGACUGGAGGCCUGUGAAUAGUGGUGUGCCUCAGGGAUCUGUGCUGGGACCAUUGUUGUUUGUUGUCUAUAUCAAUGAUAUUGAUCUGGUAAACUGGGUCAGCAAUUUUGCUGAUGACACCAAGAUUGGAGGCGUUGUGGACAGCGAGGAAGGCUUUCAAAGCUUGCAGAGGGAUCUGGACCAACUGGAAAAAUGGGCCAGAGAAUGGCAGAUGGAAUUUAAUGCAGACAAGCCUGAGGUGUUGCAUUUUGGAAGGACAAAUCAAGGUCGGACGUACACAGUAAAUGGUAGGGCACUGAGGAGUGCAGCGGAACAAAGGGAUCUGGGAGUUCAGGUACGUAAUUCCCUGAAAGUGGCGUCACAGGUAGACAGGGUUGUAAAGAAGGCCUUUGGCAUCCUGGCAUUCAUAAAUCAAAUUAUUGAGUAUAGGAUUUGGGAUGUUAUGGCGAGAUUGUACAAGGCAUUGUUGAGGACAAACUAGCAGUAUUAUUUGCAGUUCUGGUCACCUCACUAUAGGAAGUAUAUCAGUAAGUUUGGAAGAGUGCAGAGAUUUACUAGGAUGUUACCAGGUCUUUAGGAGCUAAGUUACAGGGAAAGAUUGAACAGGUUAGGACUUUAUACCUUGUAGUGUAGAAGAAUGAGAGGAGAUCUGAUAGAGGUUUACAAAAUUCUGUGUGGUAUUGACAGAGUAAGUGCGAAUAGGCUCUUUCAUGUUAAAUUAGGAGAGAUAAAUAUGAGAGGACAUAGCUUUCGGGUGAAACGGGCAAGG